GUUAGAGAAACUAACAAAAUAGUUUACUUAUCCGUGGAAUCGCACAAAAACAAUGAAAAAAGUGCUGGUCACAGGUGGAACUGGCCUUGUGGGCAAAGCCCUGGAGGCGGUAAUUAAGAAACAGGCUCCAACUGAUGAGCAAUGGUACUUUGCCGGCUCCAAGGACGCCGAUUUGACAAAUCUGGAAGCCACGCAGGCACUCUUCGCCCGAGAAAAGCCUACUCAUGUUAUCCACCUGGCCGCCAUGGUCGGUGGUCUGUUCCACAACAUGAACAACAACCUGGACUUCCUGCGCAACAACCUGCUUAUUAACGAUAAUGUCCUGCAAACGUCACACGAACAUGGCUGCAGCAAGGUCGUUUCCUGCCUGUCCACCUGCAUUUUUCCGGACAAAACCAGCUAUCCAAUUGAUGAGACCAUGGUGCACAAUGGGCCACCACACCCGUCCAACUAUGGCUACUCCUACGCGAAGCGACUGAUAGACGUGCAGAACCACGCCUAUUACGACAAAUACGGCCGGCUGUACAGCUCUGUGAUCCCGUGCAACAUUUUCGGUCCGCACGACAACUACAAGCCCGAGGUGAGCCAUGUGAUUCCGGGCAUGAUCAAUCGGAUGCACCAGCUGAUCAAAGAGCAGCCUGAAGUGCCGGAGAGCGAAAAGGUAUUCACAGUUUUUGGAAGCGGAAAGCCCCUACGUCAGUUUGUAUACUCCCUGGACCUGGCCGAGCUAAUGAUCUGGGUGCUCCGGAACUAUGACAGCGUGGAGCCCAUCAUCCUGAGCGUGGACGAGGCCCAGGAGGUGACCAUCUACGAAGUUGCUCAGGCCAUAGCAAAGGCAUUUAACUUUAAGGGAAAACUGGUCUGUGAUACGAGCAAGGCGGAUGGACAGUACAAGAAGACUGCAUCCAAUGCCAAACUUCGUUCCCUCCUGCCGGACUACGCAUUUACAAACUUUGAAACGGCCAUCGAAAAGUCGGUGAGGUGGUACAAAGACAACUACGAUCAGGCCAGAAAGUAAUUCCAGAUUGCAGCCCCCACAAAUGUAAAUAGACAUCGUCUGUACACAGAA